AUGACAGCGACAGAGUUGACACGUCGCUUGUCGAAUGGAAACACUUCUGGCUUAGAGAUACAUGGGCCUACAAGGGCCCUUUGUUGGAGUGGCUCCAGCGAUUUUGUCUCGAGUCUGGCGUCAAGCCUACAUCGAGUGGAUGGGGGAAGCCUAGGGUCAAUAAGAGACAUGCUAUUCAACUUCAUCAAACUACAAGAAAAUCACGACAACGAAAGAAGGCCGGUCAGUCAAGUGGAGUUUGAGGUCUGCGAGCUCCUCAAUUUCAUGUGGCAGGCUACAAAUGCAGAUCCCAUCCUAACUCGCCAUAUAUCGACUGGUGUGGUUUCUAAAGCAAUCGAAAGGGCUGGCGGUCUCGGAAUAUGCCGCAAUCGUCUGUGGAAUCUAGCUAUAGCCAGCGGUGACGAGAAGCAUCUUGCAAUCUUGAUGCAACUCACCAAUAAUAAUAACGGAGACACAAAAGCUAAGGUCUCUGAUGACAAGAGGUUCAGGCAGCAGCCCAAGCACGAAAGUUGUUCCGCCGAGUCAUGUGUAUUCAAUAACGUUGAUAGUACAAACGUUAGACAGUUGCAUAAGUGCCCGACGAAAGACUGUGGACUGCUGGAAUUCCCUUUGGAUAAUAUGUUACUGGAAACAAGCAGGGAACCCUACACGUGGUGGAUAGAUCAUAGUAAUCGGCCGUACCUUACCCAGGAGGCGGAUUACGUGGCAGUAUCUCACGUCUGGUCAGACGGUACUGGUGCUGGAAUACAGAAGGACGGAUAUGUCAAUUCGUGUCUGUUCAACUACUUCAAAGAAGUAGCCACAGAACUUGGAUGUAAAGCCAUUUGGUGGGAUACAAUCUCUCUUCCCAGGAAAGGAGAGUCCCGAAAAAGAGCAAUUGGGAGGAUCAAUCAAGACUUCCUUUCGGCGAAGUGCACGGUAAUUCACGAUCAAUACCUCGUGAAUUUUCCUUGGGCGGAGGAUGGGACUCCUUGCUUGGCCCUGGCACUCUCUUCAUGGUUCACUCGAGCUUGGACAGCGUUGGAGCUACUUUAUUCAACUGACGUGCGAGUCAUUUUUCGCCAUCCAAGUGACCCAGACAAGAAGGUUAUCAAAAAGCUGGACACGGAGGUCAUCUUGGACGGCAGUCUCUGCUCCCGUGGGCAUUUCCUUGCAUCUCGAUUGAUUGACGAUCUCCGUCAUCAGAAACUGAAUACCGUUUCAAGCAUACUCGAGGUUCUGAAAACGAGAUGUACUUCGAAGCCGCACGACAUGAUAAUCAUCGCGGGUCUUCUAGUCGGCCAAAAGCCCGACACUAGCCGAGUCGACAUGACCGCAGAACUUUCACGAAACAUCUUACGGGCCCUCCAGACGAUAGAAAGCUCCUUUUUGUUCCACAGUCAUGCAACCAUAACCGAUGUGGGCGGGUUCUCAUGGUGCCCGUUCAACUUGCUCCAGGGGCCUGAUCCAUCAACGCUUUAUAACCGCGAUGCUUCCGCGGUUGUCGAUGCGAACGGUGCCAUUAGUGCAGCGUUCCUAUAUAGGGUAUUUCAACGAGAUGAUGUAAGAAAGAUAACAGCAUACAGUUCUCAUAAGUCCGUGGAGAAUAAGAUUUCAACGGCUCUGGAAAGUCCAGAAACUUGCCUCUUACUCUGGCAAAGAUCAUCCGAUUUCUCACGCGCUCUCUUGGUUCAAGCUGUGGACGUCGGGACUUUCGAACUACCGCGUUUCGGCCUCCAACUAAUCGAUUGUCACUACGUUGGCACUGUGAAUGUAGAACUCAAGCCGAGUGAUGCUAGAAUAAUUCUAGUUCGCAUUGGUCAUGUUAAGUGUCCUCCUGAGAAAGGUGCUGGCCAUAUUAUGAACAGAUAUUUCAAGCAACCGCACUUUACACAUGUGAUCAUUGCGAAUACUCGCGAAACAGUCCUGCCUGAGGAAGAAAAAAUUCUUUCAACACUCCUGACUGUUGAUAUUGAUUAUGUCUAUGCCGAACUGCAAGCGUUCUUCACACUCAACCCAUUUCCAUGGUGGUUCAGUUUAUCCCGACUCAAGCACACAGCUAUGACUGUAAUUGCUUUUCUCCUCAUAAAUUACCGCAGUUAUAACCAAUCUAUCAGCACUUACGAGGAAUCAAUGAAGAAAGCACAUCUUGUUCCGGGGGAACUGAAAAAGAUCGAUGGAUACAUAAAGGAACGUCAUGACAAAAUGACCCAGCUACAGCGAGUUGUCGAUGAUAUUCGAAUCAUGAUGUCUAAGCUCCAGGCAAAGAAGGCAGGAAUGCAGAGUCUGAAAACCGAAUUACAAGACUUGCUUGCACAGGUGCAACAACAGAUUAUAGAGACAAGCCAACGAGUCAAGCUAUAUGAGGGUUCGCCUACUUUAUUGCUUCAGAUGGAUUCCGGUUUACCUCAGGAGGUACUGCAACAACUCGCAGCCGGACCGGAAACUGGAUCUCCAAGUCAAAAGGGAGCUCAAUCGAAUAUCCAAGCAGACAUCAUCCCAUUAGCAACAGAUGAUGCUGGGUUUCAAAUCAACCGCGGAAAGGAACUGCAACGCCUUUAUGCCGAAGAUUUACACUCUGACAACACAGAAUAUGAGUCCAAGCUCGAUUUUCUUUCUGAAAUUUUCAGAGAAGCUGAGACUUUACACCAAUAUAAAAAUGAGGCCGAAUCCAAACUUCAGAAAUUGUGUGAGGGUGAAGUAAACUACCAGAAUUCAAUCGAUCAUCUACAAAACAUGCUUCUGCAACUUGAGCAUCAUCAUCCACGCUAUGAAGCAGAAUUUGCAGAGUUUCGGCACUUCCGCAAGGAAAUCGGUGACAUUUACCAGGGCCAGUUAGACCUUCAUAAGAUAGAGCUACAGGCCCAGAAUGACAACGAAGUAACGAGGGCAAGGCUUGCCAUUCUUGAAGACCUUCUAUCUGAGGGUGCUAUUAGUGGUAUCGAUGGCCAGGAAAAUUCCUACAAGGAAAGGGACGGUACCUUUCUACCAGCACAAACUGUUUUUGGCACGGUAGGACAUACUGUGUCCAGCGUCGCCUUGGGUUUAUUGUCCUUUUUUGGUACCUCCAUUGGUGAAGAAGACGAUGAUGCAAGCGAUCUAAUAUAUUAA